AUGCAGAUCGUCCACCGGCACGUCCCGCCGCACUCGUGGUACGUCCUCGCCGUCUUUUACGCCGUCGCUUCGAUCAUCGAGGGCGUUGGCCUCUGGGUCAAGCACCCCAUCGCCGCCUCGGCCCUCCUCGUCGACCACAGCGGCGGCGAUGAGAGCAAUGUCGAGGGUGACGACGUCCACGAUGCGCGCACCGGCGACGUCCCACCCGUCUCAGGCCGCGCCGUCCACCGCAGGAUCUCCGACCUUUUCGCGCGGUGGAGCGCGCCGGUGGUGACGACAAUCGCGCCAAGCUGCGGCUUUGCCAGCGAGUUUGCCCUCGCGCUCUUCCUGGCCGCCGCCGAUCUUGCCGACGGCGACGUCCUGCUCAUCCUGCCUUCGAUCGUCGUUGAGCCCCCACCGUUCCCUUGCGUGUUUCUGGCCAAUACAAGCGGCACCGCAGCCAGAGCCGAGAGAUAG